UAUCGUGUGUGUGACACAGCUAAAAAAUUUAAGCAGUCUUUAGAGAGUUACCUCUUGCCUGCAUGAUUUCCGAGUUUAACAAGAAAUUGCAAACAUAUUUAGAAAUCGAAUCGAAUAUCUCAAUUGAAAGGCAAGGUAACAAUGGCAAUUCGCUAUGAGAUGUGCGUUGGUCUUCGUCGAGGCCACAAGACGACCAAACUAAAGAACGUUAAGUACACUGGAGACAAAAAGGCCAAGGGUUUGCGCGGCUCCCGUUUGAAGAACAUUCAAACUCGCCAAACAAAAUUCACGCGCGACUUGAUUCGCGAGGUUGUUGGCCAUGCUCCCUAUGAGAAGCGAACCAUGGAGUUGCUGAAGGUCUCGAAGGACAAACGCGCCCUCAAGUUCCUGAAGCGCCGCUUGGGCACACACACCCGGGCCAAGAAGAAGCGUGACGAACUGUCCAAUAUUCUCACUCAGCUGAGGAAGGCUCAGACCCAUGCCAAAUAAAACAGCAAAGUGUUGCCAACCAACAGCAACAAAAAUUUAAUGAUUUAUGUAUA